CUCUUCGUAUGUUGGACUUGCAUUCUAAAUCGUUUGAAACUUUCACGUGUAGUUUUGUUUUGAUCGGAAACGUUUUUUUUUAUAUUCUAUGCAAUCGAGAAAUACUUGUCCAUCGAUAUGACUUCCAAGAUUUUUCAAAGUGAAGCAAAACAGCAUAUUAUGUGGAAAAAUUCCUGUGAUGAUAAAGAGAAACGUAAAAGCGGAAGAGGAGGCCAAUCUUCGAAAUUCCGUGGCUCAAAAUUGCAAACUAAUAGUUGGCAGAAGACUCCCAAUUCCAGUGAUGCCGCACUUUCUGAUUUACAAGAGUCGCAGGUUUUUAUUACUGAAUACGUAUCUUCUGGAGGAGGAUUCAAAGGGAUUCUGAAAUCUAGAUUCUCGGACUUCCAUGUUAACGAAAUUGAUGUUGAUGGGAAUGAGGCAGUCAUCACCGAUUUAUCGGUACCAGAAUCGCCAAAGGAUGAGAUGGAGGAGAAACCUAACGCCGAGGUGGAGUCGAUGUUGACACAAAUAAUAACGGCAGAACAACUAGAACAAAUUCGUGAGGUAGCACAAGGAAAAAGUAAAUGCUCCGAUGUCGUUGAAAUCGACGUAACGGAAUUGACAAAGGAAGAACGUGGAAAGAUCCACAAUGGUAUAAAAUCCAUUUUCGGUAAAACUAUUGUCGGAUCAACGAUUAACAAAAAUGAACGGAAAUACAUCACUGUUACUGCAUAUAAUUUUACAAGUCAUGUGGAUCGUCGAAAGAAGUGGUUGUGGCCACAUAACUACACAUACUUUCUACUUUAUAAGGAGAAUGUUGACACAAUCCAAGCUGCUAGUCAAAUGGCUGAUUUUCUCAAAUGUUCUACCUCUGCGUUUGCCUAUGCGGGAACUAAAGAUCGUAGAGCAAAAACAACUCAGUGGUUUUGUUUGAAACAAUUCGAUCCGAAUAGAAUAGCUUCGGCGGCUAGAAAACUGCAAAACCUAAAAAUCGGCAAUUUUUGCUUUAAACCGAAUACUCUAAAGCUAGGACAAUUACGCGGUAAUCGAUUCCGAAUAGCAUUGAGACAGGUAUUUGCUGAUGAGUGUGUGAUUCGAGAAUCAUUAGAUGGGUUUCGAGAAAAAGGAUUUAUCAACUAUUUUGGUUUACAGAGGUUUGGAAAUAGUGCUGAAGUACCUACCUACAAGGUUGGCAUUGAAAUACUGAAAGGUAAUUGGAAAGAGGCGUGCGAUUGGAUACUGAAACCCCGAAAUGGCGAUCCUUGGUUUAUGAGAGAAAUGCGUAAAACGUGGGAAAAAACGGGCGAUGCUAAGAAAGCGUUAAGUAAACUAGCUUCUCGCAAUCGAAGUAUUGAAAAGCAAAUACUGUCGUGGCUAGCGUCUCAUAAUCGCGAUUAUAAAGGAGCUGUUUUAUGUCUAGCUAGAAAUCUACGUCAGUUAUACUGCCAUUCAUAUCAAAGUUUGAUAUGGAACAGAGUUGCUUCUCGCCGACUUCGAGAGCUAGGUUAUCGUUUGACACCGGGUGAUUUGGUUUUUGUUGAUAAAGUGGUAGAUGAAUCAAUGAAUCAAGUUACCCUGGAUGCAGAUACUUCACUACAACAACUUGAAUUAGACCAAAAAGAAGAAGCAGACGACUCCGAAUCGGAGGAACAUAAGACUAAAUGUUCUGUUUUCAAGAGUUUGGUGAAACCUUUGACCAGCGAAGAUAUCGAAUCUUCUCAAUACACAAUUUUUGACAUUGUUCUACCUCUGCCUGGUCAUGAUAUAACUUAUCCAGUAAAUGAUAGUGGGAAAUGGUACGAAGAAUUUCUUGCAGAAGAUGAAUUGUCUUCGGAUAAGCUUCUGCGAAAAGUAAAAAAAGAGUCUCUUCCUGGAGCUUAUCGAAAGGUCUUUGUGAAACCUGAAAAUCUUAAUUGGAAUCUGGUUUCUUAUGAAAAACCUACCGACACUCUCAUUCUAUCGGAUUUAGAAAAAUUGAAUGGAGUCCAGGAACCAGAAUACAAAAACGCUCCUCAUAAGGCUCUGCUUUUGGAUUUUAUUCUACCGGCGAGCACUUAUGCUACAAUGGCCCUGAGAGAAAUUCUCAAAAUCGAUACUUCUGCGAUGAUCCAACGCAAAUUGGAAAAGAAGCAAAACGAAUUAGUACUUGAUGGUAAAAUUGAAGAAAAGGAAUCACAAUUCAAAUCUCAAAAUGAAGAUGAAAGACAGCUAGAUACUAACGAGGACGAGAUAGAAAAAAAUUUAACCCAGGAAGAUAAUGGAAAUGAUAUGGAACCUGCAAAAAAGAAAUAUAAAUUACAAGACGAAAUGACAUCCAGUCAAUAAAAGAUAUCGAAAGUAUGUAUGCGGUAGGGAUAUACUGUCAGUUAAAGGCAUUUCAUGCAGAUAUGAUGUUUGUAAAAAUCAAAUUCAGAUUAAUUUCUACGCUAAAUUAUGUUAAUUUGUGUGUGACAAUAAAAUAUCGAAUUUGGUUCUACAAAA